UCUGGCAUGUCAGAGUUGCCUGGGCAAAACAGACUUGAGCGAAACCAAAUUGCUGGCUGCAUCCCCCCCCCCUUAGGUUGAAAGAAACUAAGGCUGAAUUUUAAUGGGGCAGUGUAUUCACCACACAGUUGCUCAUGUAAUUUAGUAGUUCAAAUAAAGAUCAUACAUUCUCAUAAAUGUUGGGAUGACUCUGUAAGUCUGGAACCUUUAUUUGUGUCUACCAAUUUUAAAAGGUGACUGGAACAGCUCACAGUGUCCAGUUGUCACUGUGAGUUAGUGUGCCUGGCACAAGGCAGAACUGUCGGCCCAAUGGAAGGGAGGGUAUCCCACAGGCGGCCGUCCACCUCCAGACGAGCUAGCAAGUCAGGCAGCAUUCUUGCCAGGAUAUUGCUCUGUGAUGAAGGACCUGCUAAGCGAAUGGUCUACAAGAGACCACCUUUAUCCAACCCAGACCCUGAGUGGUUCCCAGACGAAGACAGCCCUCGGCAGUUACGCCCAAAGAAGCGCCCUAAACCCAAAAAGGUGAAACUGAAAAAGAAAGCCACUGCCCCAUCCCCACUGCCAACAAGAGUCAAUCCUAAACGAAAACCCGGACCGAAGUCUAAGACUGCCAAUGCACGGCGCGACAAGCUGGAGGAGGCGGUGGCCGAGCGGCUGCUGCUGGAGGCGGAGCGGGCGGCGGCAGCGCGCCGGCGCCGGCCGGUGGCGGGGCCGCCCAGCCGGCCGAGGAGCUCCGAGACGCCGGCCGACAGCGAGACGCCCUCGCCGGCGGGCUCUCAGCAGAGACAGGGCCUCGCCGAGGCCAAAGACGAGCCGGCAGAGGACGCCGAGCAGGAGGCGGCAGAGGCCGAGCAGGAGGCGCCAGAGGACGCCAAUGAUGUGGUGGAAGCCGAGCAGGCGGGGGAGGUCGAGCAGGAGACUGCGGAGGACGAGCAGGAGAGUGCGGAGGAAGCCGAGCAGGAAGCGGAGGCGGCCAUGGACCAGCGGCAGCCGCGGCGGGAGAAUCUGGAGCAUCUUCAGCAAGAGUCAGACGGCGAGGGACCGGGGUCGGAAACGUUUGACAACGACCCAACGUCAGCAUCGGAGCCAGCAGUGAAUGGUGAGCGCUGUCAGCCCCAGAGGACGCAUAAGUACACCCGCCGACGCGAGCAAUUUGCUGCCGCCGCCAGUUCCGACAGCGACACUGACGACGAGACUGGACCGGGUCGACGGAGAGCGAGAGAGGCCAACUCGAGCGAAUCCCGUGCCCGCGGCGUUGUCAGAACCCACGGGUCGGCGGCGGUGCGGAAAGCCGGACCCCGCUCGGUCGACCACAGACCGGGCGGCUCGGCACGGACGGUGACGGUCGCGGAGCCCGGCAAGGUCGACCCGGGCCAGGUCAAAGACGGGGCCGACCCGGACGAGGUGCUGUUCGGCGAGGCCACCGCGGGCGAGGGACAACUGGCGUCUUCAAUGAUGCCGACAAUCACUAAGAAGGGGAUGCGGUGCAUACCGCGGAUGCGGCACCUGCUGUUCCAGUCGCGCCUGGUGCACCGUGCCGCCGCCGAGUACCUGGAGCUGCUGCCGCCGCCGGAGCCCGACCAGUCGGCCGACUGCGUGCCGGCCGGCAGCCGCGGCCGCCGCCUGCUGGUGCUGCGCCAGUCCCGGCCGGCCAGCCUGGCCGACAAGGUGCAGGACGACCGGCCCGCGGCGCGCCAGACCGUGCUGCCGCCGGCCAGCAUGCCGCAGGCGCUGCGCGUCAUCCACGAGCUGCGCGUGCAGAACCUGCACCUGCAGGCGGCCCUGCUGCGCGCCGGUAUCGAGCCGCUGCGCCCCGCGCCCGAGACCCAGGCCGAGCCGGGCCAGCUGCCGCGGCUCCGCCCCGGCCGCGGCUCGCACAAGGAGCUCGCCAUGGUGGCCGCCACCCGUCUGCGCCACCUAGAGCGGCUCGAGGCGGGCAUGGAGCGCGUGUUCAGCACCGCCCAGAUCGGCAUCAUCUGCGGCGAGGAUAACCGCGCCGUGAAAAAGUGGUCCGAGAAGGACCUGUGGCGGGCCAUCGAGCUGCGCACCAUGUGCUCGCGAAAGGUGUUUGACUACGUGCGCGGCUCGCUUGGUGUGCCGCUGCCGUGCGUGGCCACGCUGCACCUGCGCUGCAAGGGCCACCCGGAGCUGGAGGCGGCGCUGGAGCGGGCCGUGGGUGCGCCGGCGCCGCGCUGUCCCACCUGCCGCCGCAACCGCGACGACGCCGCCACAGAGGAGGAGCGCCGGCAGUACGAGCCGCGGCCGCGGCCGCCCAAACGGCGCCACAAGGAGGACGGCGCCGCCGCCAGGAGGAAGAAGGCCCGACUGCAGGUGGCGCGGCGGACGGGCCGGCCGGUCGGCAGCGGCGUCCAGGUGCCCUCCGACGGCAAACUCAUCAGCUGGAAGCCGAUCGAGCCGCCGUCGCCGCGGUUCGCCGGACCGACGGCGCACUGGAGCACGGUGAAUGCCGAGGAUCAGUCCGCGUCGGACGGCGACGACCAGAGCGACGGCGAGUACUCGGACGAGCGGUACGCCAAGUACCGCGACAGGGUCGUCCAGGAGCCACUGUGGAUGUAACCACCCCUGAGCUCGUGGAUCCUGUCAAUUGUCACAUGCCGUACAGACCGUAAUCGUUUUGCUGCAUGUCGUGUAGAAAGCGGACGCCUUUCAGUGUAAGUAUGGUCGCCUGCGGGCUUUUCAUACCAGACAUUUUGCGUGCCUGGUUGGAUGCAGCCAAGCUCCUGUUGAUUCAUUUGAUGGCCAAGUAAGUGGGCCAAUAUAACAAAUACAUUGUUCACCAACACAUAAA